AUUUCUAGUCCUGUAGUAGGCAGUUAGUGGGUGUGUGUGGUUGCCAUGACACUGAGGGCGAUGGGGAUGUGUACAUGUCAACCAAUUUCUGCUGAUCAGACCCGUUUCUAGAGAAAACUUCGAGUGGAAACACACUGAUAACAAUGAUGGAAAAUGACAGAUCUGGAAAAAACACAGAUGAGCUGCUCUCUGUAGAUGUGGAUGAGGAGGUUGAUGUUUACGGGGUUAUACCUCUGGCUUUGUCCCGUGAUCACUGUGAUGUACUACUGGACGUAAUAGACACACAACUGAGUCAUCUACAGAUCCACAGCCAAAGCAAAAUGCAUGGAGCAAACUCCACGAGAUAUGAAUUUCCUUUCUUGGGCUAUCUUGAUCGGAGUCAGUCUGUAAGUAAAGACACAGGCUUGUGGAGCACUGUUCCAACCAAUGAUAAAACACCAUCCAACCUUGACGGGACUCAGUCAGAAGGCAAAGAUGACAAAACAGAGCAUCAGACAAUGGAGAUGAUAAAGUUUGGCGUCGCAGCUACAGAUGUGUGGUGUCCUGAGGAAAGUGGCAGCUUGAGCUCCGUGUCCAGUGUUGUUAGAGACUGGAGAGGCUUCUUGGGAGAAAUGCUGAGGUGGCAGGGAUGGGAAACGAGGAGGAUGAUGUCACAAUGGACAGCGUCUGCACUGAGGACUUCUCAACAUGCUUUAGAGAGGAAAUAUUGGUCCUGCCAGCCUCAGAGGCUGGAUGAGGUGAAUCAGGAACUGGGGCAGAGCGAGGAGGACUGAAGGGCUCUCCGACAGAAAUGCACUGAGCUGAAGGAGCAGCUGGCUGAUACGAUCAGAGAAAAAGAACAAAUAAAGGAGAUCUAGAGUAACAAGUGAAGCGUUUUGGAGAGCUGGAGUGAAUCAUUGCCCAGAAGGAGCUGCUUUUGCAGGGGACCAAAGAAACAAAGGAAGCCCUUCUUCAGGAGCUCUGUUCCCGAAAGAGGAGCACAGCUUU